CAGCGCUUUCCUGGGAUGGACAGCUCCUAGGAUGAUGGUUGGUGCUGAAACUGAAACUGGAGCUGUUGUGUUGUGUUCUGCUAUUCUAUAUAUAUAGUGUAAUAUAUCAUAUGUAAGGACUUUUUAAUGACUCGUGCUUCAUUCGCAUCUCAAGAACGCAGUUUUGCACCAGCCGUGGGAUUUUAUUCUUUGCGAAAAUGUUUAUUUUAUGAAAUCAGAUUUUAAAUGCAUCGUGGGUUCUCAAAAAAACACCAGUAUUGGCUACCUAGUAUUGGUCAGAUCAGAUGUACUUUACUUCUCCGGGCUUGUACCACAGCUAUCAUUAAACAUCCUGCAAAUUCCAGUCUUUUGGGACUGUUGUCGCUUUGCUAUUACUUCCAGGAAUGAAUCUCAUGCAUCAGGUGUUAAAACUGAACUGAUUUUCAAAGGGCUGGAAUACAUACUGCCUUGAACUUGAUAUUGACGUUGGGGGAGCCAUUUGAGCAUGCACAGCCUUUUCACAGACUCGAAAACAUGGAUAACAUGGUCAUGGAACUUGCAGAGUUGAGACGGUUGGAUUUAUGUAAGAGUUUUGAAGAACGGUGAAAAACAACCAACCCUACAGUAAUCAUCUUUAAAUCCAGAUCGUUAAUCCUGAUUGUAAGACGCACCUGUUAGAAAAACAAGGAUACAAUAAUAGCAGCACAGCCAUGGGAAAGGAGGAGUGCAAGACACUGCUGGAUGCAUUGAACAAAGUGACCGCCUGUUAUAGGCACCUGGUCGUCACAGUCGGAGGAACCUCCGAUUCACAGAAUUUAAGAGAAGAACUGAGGAAAACGAGAAAAAAGGCUCAGGAACUCGCAGUAGCGAACAGAAACAAGCUGACUACCUUAUUACGAGACAAAACGAUUAGCAAAGAAGACAGAGCCGAGUACGAGAGGCUAUGGGUCAUCUUUUCCACAUGCAUGGAAUUUCUAGAGGUCGAUAUGAAAAAAGCUUUGGAAAUUGGCCAGGAGUUCCCGUUGAACGUUCCCAAAAGGCACCUGAUCCAGUCUGGGAUGAGCGGCGGCACCUCUGGGGUGGCGGCCCGGGCUAUGAGUGCCCAAAAUAUGAAGUACGAAUGGGACAGUGAUAUCGAUGUGGCCGAUUUGAAAGAGUUGGAGAACGAGAUUAACCAGGUCGGAGAAAUGAUGAUGGAAAUGGAAAUGAAGGUGAACGUUGCAAACUGGACAGUUGAGGCUAAACAAGACCCCGGUGCAGAGUUGAAGUCGACCAUAAGCGUGGGAGCUUCUUCUGUCGGUAUGAUUUCUAUCAACGAGGAAACCAAAUCGGCUUGUGAUCCGACCAGAGUUUUGGCUGGGGUUAUAUUCUGUGCUUUUUUGUUUAUUGCAGUUAUUUUAGCUGUAUUAAUUAUAAAACUCUCUUGAAAUCUGUUUUUUUUUUCUUUUUUUAAAUGAAACACAUCAGUCGUGUUUAAAAUGUGUCUAGUGCUUUCAUCUCCAAGACUUGAUUCCAGUUGCUACACAUAUAACUCCACAAUCCCUUCUAUUUGAUACAUUUUAGGAGGAUGACUGAUGCUCGUAUGUGUAAGAUAUGACCAGAUAACUGUAGCCUAAGUGAAAUUCUAAGCAGAUGCAAUGUGCUGCUAAUCUGACUGAAUAGUUGUUAUCCCUAUUUAGUAUAUAUUAGCAAACUGAUAGAGGAUGGAUAGUCAAUACAAUCGUGCAAUAUGUAAGUGAAAUAUAUUGAAGACAAUUGAUAACAUCGCUGAAACUACUCAAGUGUUUUCUAAUGAUUUAUUAUUAUUAUUAUUAUUAUUAUUUGGCAGACGCCUUUCUCCAAAGCGACGUACAGGUGACAUAACAUAUUAUAAAUAAAGUUAUUGAUGCUAACUGUUCACGAGAUCUAAUUCAAGAACUUAGCUGAUAUGUACUCAUUUUUUUAACCAUACUGUGAAACAACAGGAUUUAACCUCCUAAGUCCUAAGGGUUAAUUCUGAAAAAAAGAAAAUUAAUACCGUAGUAUCACCAGGGAUUGACUCAGGAGUAUCUACUAUAAAUAGAUGACGUUUCUCUCUACUAAAUCAGUCUUAUUCUAAUAAAUAACCAGUGGAAACUUCAAGUUUAUGUUUACGUAAAUGGGUACGGUUUAUUAACGACAGUACUUGUCCUUUCAGUAUUAAUAUAAAUCCGAUAGGUGUUUUCAAAUAUUAGCAGUAUUGGACAUUACACGGCCAUGCACUAUUUCAAUAUGCUUUUCUUUUAGUAACAGGUUUAGCAUGGAAAUGCCAUUUAAAACAUCCUACUGUUUCGAUCAGUAGCAGGAGCAUAUGCCUCACGCUCGAGAAAGACAUAUUAGUGAACGUAAAAAAAACGAACGAGUGGAUGCCAUUUGGACCAGCAGUUUUGGUCAGGUUCAAAUCCAAUUACAGGGAGUGCUGCAGAGACUCAUAGGGUGUACUAUUCCACAGUGACGUGAUCGAAAAGGGUUCUUCUGCUUUAAAGGAACCUAAUGAGUUAGGAUCAACAACUUAUUUGUCAAUAACAAAAACUAUGGUAACUGUGUGCAAUUAUUUAAUAAUUCAUAAAUUUACCCCCCCCC